AUGAGCGUGCCGCAGUUGCCAGGUUUGACAUAUGAUCCUGUAAGGAAGAGAUAUUUCAAAGAACAAGCUGGUGAUAGAAAGAACAAAAAGGAAUCAAAGUUGCCAGAUGGUCUUAACAGGUCAGUGGCACACAAAGAGUACGUGAAAUGCGUAGAUGCACUCAUAGAAGGCCAUCCACUACCGCGUCCCGAAUGGUUCAGGUUUCAGAAUAAAACACUUCAACUGGCGACUACGUACACUUUGCCCUCAUUCAUCUCUCAGCAGGGGCCCAGUGAAAUCCAAAUGGGACGAACUGGUCACUCCAUUAUACUGAACGAUGCAAGUUUCCGUCUCUUUGAAUUAUCUAUCGAUGAGUCUGAUGAUUCCUUCAAAGUUUCAUUUAAUAGAGACUCAUCCGCCCAUGAAACGGUAACGUACUUCAAAACAUGCGACCAAUUUACCAUCAGUAUAAACCGCUUCAAUGAUUUCAAUUUCAACACAGAGAAAAUAAUGGCAGGAGGAAAGUUGAAACUACCUGAAGUUAUUGAUGUGAACUCAUUUGAAAAUGAGACAGAUACAUAUCUUCUGUUUCUAUCAUCCCGAGCGUACCAGUUGAUUCAAUAUAACGGAACUCGAUUGAAGACUUCAAAAGAGAAUAAACUUCCGAAAAAAUUCGGCGACGCAAUGAGCUGUAUCUUGCUUGGGCAGGAUGUAUUCCUCAUUGGAUUCAGAAAUGGUUCAGUAAUGAUUUUUGAUACUGGCAACAAUAAUGGAGGGGGCCCCAAGGCAUAUACAUGGUUCAAAUCGGAUGGGCCUAUAAUUUCAAUUACUCGAACAGCAAAUGAGCCCGAAUCAGAUUUACUCUUGUCAAUUGGGAAAUAUCCAUUUCAGAAACUUAUUUUGCUGAAUCAUAGAGGUAAAAUAUUGGCAGAAUUUCAAAGCAGGUACUCCAACUUAUCCAAGAACAAGGAAAUACUCUCUAUAAUAAGAAAUGAGGAAUUGCAUUGCGCCCUAUACGGGAAGCGAUUAGAAACAGAAGUCGAUAUGUUCUCUUUGAACACACCAAACUUGAAGUUUCCAGUGAAUCUCAAUUGGAAUUGGGCGGGGUAUGCAGAGAUACUUGAUAUUUUACCAUACAAUCGUGAGGAAACCGUGCUUUUCCCUUUAGAAAAAUGCUACAUCAGAAAGCGAUCCAUCGCCAACGUCAUUUUCCACAAAUACAAUACAUAUGGGCUGGAUUCUACUAGGGUUUUAAUUCUUAUCAGAGACAACCAUAACACUCUAGAAAUCAAAGAGUACGUGUUUUAA